AUGGCGUCUUUUGAAGACUACGAUGAAUUCGGGAACUACAUCGGCGCUGACUUGGACUCAGAUGAGGAGGAUGACAUUCCCCAACAACAAUCGUUUGCGCCUCCACCGCAGGCUGCACCACUGGAGGGCUAUGAAGACGACGACCCAAUGCAGGGAGGAGAGCAAAGCGCAUUGAUGGAAAUUGAGCCGAUUCACAACGCUGUCGUAUUACAUGAAGACAAACAAUACUACCCGUCAGCCUCUGAUGUCUACGGCGCAGAUGUGGAGACUAUGGUGCAAGAGGAGGAUGCCCAACCAUUGACCCAACCUAUCAUCGCGCCAAUAAAAAUACGAAAAUGGAAUGUGGAAGAAAAGGAUAUGCCAGAGACUCGUUUUGACAAAGGGUUUCUGUUGAACAUGACCGCUUUCCCUGAUAUGAUUCGCAAUGUUGCUGUUGUGGGGCACCUCCAUCAUGGAAAGACGGCGCUUAUGGAUAUGCUCGUUCUCGAGACGCACAAACUUGUGUGGGAUGCCGACCAUCCAUUGCGAUAUACCGACACGCAUAUUCUGGCAAGGGAACGCGAAAUCUCCAUCAAGUCCUCCCCAAUGUCCCUGAUACUAUCAACCACUGCGGGGAAGUCCCAUCUCGUGCAUUUUAUCGACACCCCUGGUCAUGUCAAUUUCGUUGACGAGGUGGCCUCUGCUAUUCGAUUGGUGGAUGGUAUUGUGUUGGUUGUUGACGUGGUGGAAGGGCUAAUGGUCGGCACCGAAAGCAUCCUGCGACACGCGCUCCAAGAAAACAUCAAAAUCACGCUUGUUGUCAAUAAACUGGACCGACUUAUAUUGGAGCUACGGAUAAAGCCUGCCGACGCGUACUACAAAAUCAAGCACACCAUUGAAGAAAUCAACACUUUCAUCGCGUCUAUCGACCCGGACCCAGAGCUCCGUUUAAGCCCCGAAAAUGGCAAUGUUUCGUUCGCUAGCACGGACAUGACUUGGUGCUUCACUCUGCGCUCGUUUGCUCAGAUGUAUGCAGACACUUUUGGCUCUCUCGACGUCCGCUCUUUUGCGGACCGACUUUGGGGCGAUAUCUACUUCAACACCGACACCCGGAAAUUCACACGGAAGCAGGCAGAUCCCGAAUCACAACGCACCUUCGUACAUUUCAUUCUGGAACCACUCUACAAGCUGUAUAGCAACGUCUUAAGUGAGGAAACCGACAUGUUGAAGGACACUCUGGGAACGCUGGGCAUUCAUCUGAAGCCUGUAAUGUACAAAAUGGACGUGCGACCGCUGCUCAAGGUUGUAUUGGCGCAAUUCUUUGGCUCUGCAACCGGCUUGGUGGAUAUGAUUGUCGAGCAUAUACCUUCACCUAUAGAAGGAGCGGAGAACAAGAUCGAGGGCACAUACAGUGGCCCCCAAAGCUCGGAUUUGGCGCAGUCAAUGCGGGCAUGCAAUCCCGAUGGCCCUCUAAUGGUUCAAGUCACCAAGCUAUAUCAGACGACAGAUGCCCAAUCAUUCCGUGCAUUUGGCCGUAUCCUGAGCGGGACGAUGAGGAAGGGCGUGCAAGUCAAGGUGCUUGGGGAAGGCUACUCACCGGAGGACGAAGAAGACAUGAUGAAGGCCACCGUUGAAGAUGUUUGGAUAAGCGAGUCCAGGUACUACAUUCCAGCAGAAGAAGUCCCUGCAGGCAACCUCGUACUUCUCGGUGGUGUUGAUGCCUCAAUCAUCAAAACGGCCACGAUUGCCGGCGUCGACAUCGACGACGACCUCCAUAUCUUCCGACCACUUAAACAUAUGACGCAGUCGGUUCUGAAAAUCGCCAUAGAACCUAUCGCACCGUCCGAGCUGCCCAAAAUGUUGUCUGGGCUGCGAAGCGUCAACAAAUCGUACCCACUUGUGUCGACCAAGGUCGAAGAAAGCGGAGAACAUGUCCUGAUUGGGACGGGCGAACUUUAUCUCGAUUCAGUUAUGCACGACCUACGGAAAUUGUUCUCGGAGAUCGAGAUCAAGGUUUCGGACCCAGUUACCAAGUUCAGCGAAACUGUGCUGGAGACAAGUGCGCUAAAAUGUUACGCGGAUACGCCCAACAAAAAACUAAUGUGGCCCAGAAACAAAAUCACGAUGAUUGCUGAACCUUUAGAAAAGGGAAUCGCAGAAGACAUCGAACGAGGUCGCGUGAACAUGAGGAUGACGCCGAAAGAGCGGGGUACUUUCUUCCAAGAGAAAUACCAGUGGGAUUUGCUUGCGUCCAGGUCAAUAUGGGCAUUUGGACCAGAUGAGAACGGCCCGAACAUUCUGCUCGAUGACACAUUACCUUCCCAAAUAGACAAAAAGAUGCUGUUUACUGUCAAAGACCACAUCAGGCAAGGCUUCCAAUGGGGAGCGCGAGAGGGUCCGCUAUGCGACGAGCCCAUGCGGAACGUAAAAUUCCGGCUGCUUGAUGCCAGUCUCGCUCAAGAGCCGAUUUUCCGUGGAGGCGGGCAAAUCGUUCCAACCGCUCGACGAGUCUGCUAUUCAUCGUUCUUGAUGGCUGCGCCACGUCUAAUGGAGCCCAUUUACUACGUGGAAGUACAGGCUCCAGCAGACUGUAUCUCGGCUGUUUACACUGUGUUGGCCCGAAGAAGAGGGCACGUGACGCAAGACAUUCCCAAAGCCGGAUCCCCACUUUACACCGUCAAGGCGCUCAUUCCCGUCAUCGAUGCAAAUGGAUUUGAGACCGACUUGCGGACCGCUACGCAGGGUCAGGCGUUCUGUUUACAGGUGUUUGAUCACUGGGCGGUUGUGCCAGGCGCGUUCUGUCACAGACGGGUGGUUGUGAUGCUGAUAUUGAUGGCAGGUGACCCGACGGACACGAGUAUCAAAUUGCGCCCACUGGAGCCUGCCUCAGGGCAGGCGCUAGCGCGAGAUCUAGUGCUCAAGACCAGGCGGAGAAAGGGGCUUGGUGAGCAGAUUGCCGUGUCCAAGUAUCUGGACGAUGAGUUUGUGCUCGCGUUAUCUGCAUCGGGACACGCAGACCUGCUUGGAUAG